GUUUUUUGGUUUUUUUUUUUUUACUUACGCAUUGAAAUUUUAACAUACUGACUGCCGGGUUAACUCGGGCCAGCAUUAAAUUAUACUGUUCCCGGUUAGAUAAAAAGUGAUAUAUAUAUAUUUAAAUAUAUACAUAGUGAUUCUAUAUGGUUUGUAAAUGAGUUUUAUUGUUUAUAAAUUAGAUUAGCAUUUCAUACAAGUUACUGUAGUUUUACAGUAGUUUAGAUACAGCAGUCUUAAACAUAAAUCUAGACACGUAAGAAAAUCUACAUUUUACCGAUGAAAAUCACAAUUAUCUGGACUAUUUCCGUGUUGGUGUAGGAGUGACUGUUUGCUCAGUAAACAUUUGUUUUCUAAAACUAUGACUCGUCAGCAUUUGGAGUUGGUGUAAUCCGCAAACCUAAGUAAUUUGGAGGGAUCGAUUGAUAUUUUUCUCUUCUGACUGGGUGGAAAAUGACAAGUGGCUUAUUGAAUUUGCAAUAUUUGACCGAGAGACCUCAAAGCAGCAAACACGAUGAAGAGGACAAGGGCUCUAACCAGAAGGAAAAUAUAUUCUUAGAGCCUCACACAAGAGUCAUGAAAACACCACUGAAGCCAUCUACCUCACAUUCAAUACUGGGAGAAAUACAGCCAGAUAUGGGAGCUUUGACAACACCAACAAAGGGAAACGAAGCUGCUCCUGGUGAGCCGUGGACUCCUACAGCAAACCUCAAAAUGUUGAUCAGCGCAGCCAGCCCUGAGAUCAGAAACAGAGAAAAGAAGCUGAACACUGAUGAAAAUGAAGCCACAGAGGCAACCGAUUGUUCUCAGGAACACCUGUCUGGGGAUGAAUCUGAUAGACUUCAACCAAGCCGAAAAGAAAAGAGCUUAGGUUUACUAUGUCAUAAAUUCUUAGCACGAUAUCCAGAUUAUCCCAACCCUGCACUGAACAACAAUGUCUGUCUUGAUGAAGUAGCUGGAGAACUCAAUGUAGAGCGAAGACGCAUCUAUGACAUUGUGAAUGUACUGGAAAGUUUGCAUAUGGUGAGUCGUCUUGCAAAGAACCGCUACACUUGGCAUGGACGUAGCAACCUUAUGCAGACGCUUGGAACACUGAAGACAGUCGGCGACGAGCAUAAAUAUGCAGAACAGAUGCAGCAAAUUAAACAGAGAGAUUCUGAGAAAGAGUUUGAUUCAGAUAAUGAAGAAGAAAAUGAACACCUGUCAAAACUGAGAGGUACAGAAACUGAGCUUGGGCAUCGGGAAAUGUGCUUUGUGGAACUUCCUGGGAUGGAAUUUAGAGCUGCGUCUGUUAACAGCAGGAAAGACAAAUCUUUAAGAGUGAUGAGUCAGAAGUUUGUAAUGCUCUUCUUGGUUUCCAAGCCCCGUGUGGUCAGCCUGGAAGUUGCUGCUAAAAUCCUAAUUGGAGAAGAUCAAGUGGUCGAUUUAGAUAAGAGCAAAUUCAAAACAAAAAUCCGAAGAUUGUACGAUAUAGCAAAUGUAUUGAGUAGCCUUGCACUGAUCAGAAAGGUCCAUGUUACAGAAGAGAGGGGACGGAAGCCAGCAUUUAAGUGGACAGGACCUGAGGACUUCCCAGACGUCAAGAGAACAAAGCGUUUGACAACCCCUACCUCAGUUACGUCUGGUAUAUUAGCACCCAGAAGUUCAGUGGACAACUGUGCCAAAAAUCUCUUCCCUUCCAGUAGGACAAAGCAGAGCUUUACCCGACACCCAUCUCUUGUUAAAUUGGCAAAGAGUAUAGAGGAUGACAGAAGGAAAAUCAACUCUGCACCUAGUAGCCCUGUCAAAAAAAUAUUUGGUGAUUUCUCUGAUAGCGAUUUGCAUACAAGUAGAAUGGCCCAAUUGGCGGCAAUCUGUAAGGUUCAGUUGGAUGAGCAAUCAAAGCAAAGUAAAAGGAAACCCAAACCACACUAUGCAAAACCUUCCCAAAAGACGAAAGGAAAAGCUGCUAAAACUACAGGACAUGUGGAAUCGACUUUAAGUUCAGAACUUGGUGCCAACAGUUCUUCCCAGACAGAUUUAUCUGUUCAGGCUUACAGUCAAGCACAGUAUUCUCCUAUUAUUCCAGUGAUACUACCUCAAAACCAAACUGUUGCACCAUAUGCCAUCUAUUUACAUUCUUCUUCAGCAAGGCCAAUGGCAAAUCCCUCUAGUUUUGCAGUACGGUCUAUGACCUUUGGAGAUAAUGCAGCAGGAAGUCCAGCUGACACCAACUCUGAAAAUAGUUUACACAGUGCACCUACUGGAAAUAAAGACUCUAUUAGCAGUGAAAAGUAUGAGUAUGACUUGUCACAAAAGAAUGUCUCUUCAACCAAUCAGCGAACCACCCCAGACAAGGGCCAUAAGCGAGUCUGCACUGAAACAUUUCAAGAAAAUAGUUUUCCGAAAAUAUCGAAAACACAAACAAAUUUAGAGGACACAGCAGAGUUUAAUGAAACGUACCAAGCACGAGUGAAGGCCCGUAGGGGUUUAAUAGCAAGUCGACCUUCCCCAAGAGCCCUGCACUUAGAUCCUGAGUUUAUUAAUACACCAGAAGGGAAAGAGAACAAGGGUUCAGACAAUCUUGGUGAAAGUGUGGAGAAGUUCCUGGAAAAUGAAGAGAAACCCUCCUAUUCUGAUAGUGAAGCUGGGCUUACUCCAGUGCGGACAGUGCCAAUGCCAGCAUUUACCAUUCCUGCACGUUUGCAGCCCGAGGCUUUAAUACCCGCAGGCUAUCUCAUUCCUAUAUCGCACCCAUCACUUUUUAGCUGCCAAAGAUCAAAAUCCCCAGAAAGAAAAGGUGAAACAACCUCAACUCCAAGUCAUCCUGCUUACCAAUCCCCCAUUACAGGUGUCAUACCAGUUACAUCAGACUUCCAUCAUGUUACCUUAACAUCUACUCGUUCAAAGAUCCCAGUUUCUCAGUCAGCUGCUUCCAUUGCCUCGUUUCCAUUGUUUAGCCAGGCUAGCCCAUCCUUUGCCUCAGGAUGUCAAGUUAACGGUCCAAGCCCAGGAAUUCUUAACUUCACACUACAGAAUCUGGGAUUGAUCUCUCCAGGGAUACACCCCUCUGUGAGCCCAGGAACCUUGACCACUCCCAUAAGUCCCAUCACUGGUCAUUUAAGGUUUCAACAAGGAGGAAUGAUCUUUGUCAAGCCAAUGUCCCCACUACAUGUUCACAAUCAGAUACCAGGACAGCCCAUGACCUUGAUAAGCUUACAGCAGCCUACUGUCCAGACGACACCCAAAGGAUCUCAGUCUGCACACAACGAGAGUUUCUUCCACACCCCAGUUUCUGCCUCGUCUCAGCUGCCUGCAGUGGUCUCUACUGCCAGUAGAACUCCUCAAGAAAAUGUUUACAUACCACAAAGGAAACUUGAAGUCAGCACUGAAGACAAUUCAUGACUUUGGUAGCAGACAUAUGCUUUGCUGCUAAAUCCUGCAAUGUUGAACUUUCCUGAGCUACAAAAUGUGUUAUUUCUUAACCCUUAUGUAAAUUUACCUCACUCCAGAUAUGUCUAUAAAUGUAGUCUCUUUCUGAAUACUAUAGUAAUGGUGAAACUUCUUUGCACAUAUAUUUGGGAUACUUUUAAUUUGAUAACAUUCUUAAUGUUUAAUGAAUUGAGUGAGGCAGAUGCAUGCUUCUGUAGUAAUAUACUUGCAUGUUUAAAAAAAAAAAAAAAAAGUGCAUUUAAAACAUGAUGCCAAUAAAUAAAUCUAUCCAUUAGUAAUGCUGAGACCACAACUGGCAUAUCAAUAAGUGGAGGCUAGCAAUGGUCUUCAGCUGUAUUUGUUUAAGCCUUUGAUGGUAUCAGUUACUACAAAAAAAUUAAUUGCAAGACCUACAUAACGGGUCUGGGAAUUGGGUAAUACAUAUGAAUGAUUGUACAGCUUAGAACUGAAAUCGAAGAAAUGUAAUACGUUUAUUUAGUUUUCAUAAUAAAAAAAAAAAAAAGUCAUCAUUUUGUAUUGACACAUGUGUGGGAUGGAGAACAUAUUUGAAGUAUUAUUACAAAUUUGAGCUGUAACUAAAUUAACUGUAAAUACUGCACAUUUUUUAUAAUAUAUGUAAACUGUUUUUGUUUGUUUUGUUUUACAUGUGAAUACUUAUGGCUGGGGUCUAUUAAAAAAACAACACUGAAUGUAUGUAAAGAAUACUUCUAUCAGCCGAAUCAGGUGAAUUGUACUGUGGUUAAUUUACAUAUUGUAUAUUAGGACUGUUUGUAGUGUUUGAUUCAACAAAUAAAAUUGUCAUAUUUUUAUGAA